GGCCAUACAAUCCUACACUGCAUCAAACAGAAUUUGGAGUUUCUUCUUGUUCGUGUGUGCUCUGAAAAAGUUCAGUCGCAAGCAGAAGCAAUGUUAGAUUUCAAUUUCCUUGGUAGAAGGUGGCAGGUUUAUUAGUUAUGUGAUUGGCGACGAUGAGAAGCGAAAGUUCUUGCAGUGCAUUGUGUCAACAUCCCGAAUGUUGGAGAGCUAACUUACAAAGAGUGAAAGAUGCUGUCAGGUUAAGAAACGGAAUACAGAGUCAUGAUCAUGAAACAUCAGAUAAAAAGGAUUUUACAUCUGUGGAUGAUCUAAAGACUCCCGUUGAAGAUGGUAAGCUAGAGACAAGGUCGUAAAUUUGUAAUGGUGACGCAUGACAUAAUUGGUUUAAGCAGUUUCAAUUCAUCGACUGGCAUUAAAUAAUCAUGUACAUUUAAUUACCUUUUUAUUGAUCAUGAAAUCCAUUAUGUUAGUGUAUUUCAUUUAAGCAGUGCAGUUCAGGCACUCAACUGGGAUCUUGUUAAUUUGGGCACCCAGUCUAACCCCUCGGCCAAGUAUCGGUUGACAUUAGCAGCCAAUACUUGGUCAACAUCUUUGCCAACAUAUCAGUCGACUAUUAGUCGACUUUUUGACUGAUCAGCCAACAUAUUGGUCAACAUGUAGACCGACACUUGUCCACAUGUCGGUCGACAUGUUUACCAGGUAUCGGUUGAUACUUGGUCGGUAUACUGAUCAACACUCAGUCCAUACGGCAAGUGUCAAGUGUCAGCCGAAUAUUGGUCGACUGUCAGUGGCAUAUCGGUUGACUGUUGUAUAAUGUAAUUUGUGUUAAUCAGAAGUGAAAAGUAAGAACAGACAGCUCCUCACAGAAAUGUUCAACAAAGCCACACACCUAAGAAAUCUGACCAUGAAUCAGCGCUUGUAUCCUCUCAACCCCCUCGCUUGUUUUCUUGGUUUUGCAGAAACUAUUGCUGGUUACACAUAGCUAUUGUCUUGUAGUGUGGGUAUUCUUCAGUGCCUUUUUCAGUCUCUUGAAUUGCAUCAUUUAGUGAUUACAUUCAUCUGCAACACCAAGAGACCCUCAGUUCUGUGCCUCCUCUAUUCAAGUGAGGGUGGAUUUCCACUGUUGUGUAAGUUUUACAUGUGUAUGUUGUGGGUCAAUUUUAUCUUUGGUUUAAAUUUUACUUCCCUUUGUUUUAAACUCAUCAUCGUGCAUUACCAUACCUAUAAACCAGCGGAAAUGAAAUUUAAACCAAGGAUAAAAUUGAACCACAACAUGUGCGCACGUAAAUUUUACACACUUAAAUAAAAUAGAGGCAAUGUAUGGAAGGUGUACACUUAAAAGUUAAACCUAGCUCAACUUUGACUUUUACGUGCGGUCUUUCAUACAACACAUGUAAAAUUUACGUGCAUACACAUGUAAAAAUUACACAAUAGUGGCAAUCCACCUUAAGGAUGCAAGUUUGAAGAAAAACAAUCGAGCGGACACUUGUAGUUUAUUAUGCUCUUGCAAAAGACUGGUUAAAGCUGCCAAAGUCCCUGCCUUGGCCACAGAAACAAAAAAAAAAAGGACUAACAUGUAGGAAAUAUAACUUCAGAAGAAGAGUUGACCAUUAAGUAUCAGUUAAGUAUCGGCCAAAUGUUGGUGGCCUAUCGAUCAAUGUGUCGCCCGAUUAUCGGUCAAAAUACCAACCAACACUAACAAAUCACUGGCUGAUAUGUUGGUCAACAUGUCUGCCGAACCUGGUUCGACUAUCGGUCGUCAUAUUGACAACAUGUCAAUCAACAUCAGGCUGGCUGAUCUCAACCGACAUAUCGAUGGAGAUUCAGCCAGCAUGUCAACUGAUAGUCAACAAACAUGUCGCCCAAGUCUCAGAGCAUAUGUUGGCUUGAAAUUUUGCUUUCUGCCAUGCCCGAACCUCGCAAGCUAAUAUUUUGCUUCUGGAUCAGAAGGCCGCGAAGUGUACGACCUGUAAAUGGCUUUAUGGUAAGUUUUAGCUCUUUAUAACACAACAGUGACCAGAAAACUGUUCGACUAGCCACAAAACACAUUUUUCAAUGGUUAAUAAUUAUUAAAGGGUUACAUCUAAUUCUAUUGAGCUACAGUGUGUAGUGUUUAUACUUGUUGUGACAAACUGUUAACUAAAUAAACUACUUUUAGAUUUUAAAAAAACUGUUUUAAAAAAAUUUUUCUAUGUAAUUCAGGUUCCCUCCCUACUUUGAAAGUCAUUGAUGUGUUUGGGGACAUACAUCUCAGGUCAAGCAGUGUACCAAACAGCAGAGCAUCACCACAGCCAACUAGAUACCAUCAUAGAUCAGCAUCAUUACCUUCAUUAUCACCUAAUCCCUGCAGGUAUGAAAAACAGACUUUACACCAAUAAUAGUUUUUCUAAACAUAAUUGUGGAGAGCGUAGGCAAUAAUUUUUCCUGUAAAUGUAAUUUCUCCUGUCAGUGUCUUUUCACUAGCUGUUACAUAAAUGUAGCUUUAUGUGCUAAGGUGAGGAUAAGGACUUGGCAGCUUCAUGAUGUUCGUAAUGAAUGAAAGCAUAAAUCUCAUUAAUGUUCAAUUCUGGACAAAACUGCAAAGGAUUGUAAAAUACAGUGAAACCUCUAUUAUUUAGCGGACCCCCAAUUAAGUGGACACCCUCUAUUAAGCGGACACUAAGCCGGGUCCCGAAAUGAACAUCUGAUAUUUCCCUUUAUAACGAACCCCUAUUCAGCAGGCACCUCUAUUGAGUGGACAAGGAAACUAAAAUAAGUUGUAUUUGGCUAAUUUCUAUUGUUAAAAACCUCUAUUAAGUGGACACCGGACAUAAUUAACAAUAGUAGUAUUGGAUUACGUCCUUGAAAUACAUACUGAAGUCAGUUAAUGUUUUUGCAUUUACAAACAAAUUAAAGUUUGUAAUGAAAGGUAAUGAACUUGAACUCUCGAUACCUUCUUUAACAACAUGCAACUUUAUCACAGUACAGAGUAACCGUUGAAUGUUGAUCAUUAACAAACAUCGCGCAAUUUUUACAACCCUUAUUAAGUGGACACCCUCUAUUAAGCGGACACUUGGGGAGGUCCCGAAGGUGUCCACUUAAUAGAGGUUUCACUGUAUAGCUUUUGGAGCUAAAUUAUUUGGCACCAUUUUAGAUCAUUCAUAGAAGGUUGGCAGGCCUCUAUCAUGAGUAAUGUUCUUGCUGUCCGACGCACUGGUGAAAAGAUCUUACAAAAGAACACUGAAGCAGUGGAUAGAUCACUGCUUUGUUGAUUUUCAUUGCUGUGAAGCUAGUUGAGUGCACUUUUUUGCUCAACUUUCUCUCUCAGCAUUUUUUAAAUUCACUCCCUCUAGGCAAACAAAUUUUAGUUUUUUGUUCCUGUUGGAACUCCUGAACAUAAACUGUAAUGACUGGAAAUUACAAACAGAUACAUCUGUAUAUAAUUAUGUAGAUAAAAAAAUAUUUUGUUCACUUUCUCCAACAGUCAGCCACCAUCCCCAUCAUGUACCCCGAAUUGCCGCGUCCCUCGCCCAUCACCUGUAUCUCCAACAGGGUUGACCGAAUACCAGAAACGAAUGUUAUGGAAAAAGAAUGUAAAUCCUGCAUCAGCACCAUAUGAUGACAAUCGUCAUAAUCAGGGUGUCUGCAAGAGUCAUGCAUCCAUCGUGGGCAUUCAUGAGUUGUAUGAAAAUGACGAGUUGUCGCAGGAUUGGAAGGAUGUGUACAUUACAUCAGCAUAUCUUGUUUGGUGUCAACCCAACAGGGUAGGGUAGGCCAUCCAUUUUAAAACAAAAUUAAUAGAUUCCACGUCGCUGUGCAUAUGUUCAAUAGUAGAUCACAGAUGACGUCAAAAAUAUGUGGUAAAAACAUUGAAGUGCCACACGAGCCGUAGGCGAGUGUGUCACUAAUCUUUUUACCACAUUCUGUUGUCUUCUGUGAUCUAUUGCUGAACACACCCAUGGCAACAUGGAAUCUUUUGUUUAAUGCCAUGAUGAGAGAAGAAAAAAUGACAUACACCUACUUGCCUCAUACCUCUUGACUGUUUGAGGAUUUAUGCUAGUUUAGGCAUUUUUUCAGUAGUCCCAAAUGUUACUUCUUGUCUCUGCUUCUUCUUUUCUUGUUUAUCUUUUGUAUACAGUUUCGGUGAAAAGUUUUUCAAUGCCUUCACUUGCUCAAAGCAGAAUAAUCACAAAAAAAUUUUCCAAAACUGGGAGUCUCUUGUAGCGAUGAUGCAGUGAUGAAACACAAUGGCAACAGUUGUGAAGAUUUCUUGCUGUUUAGGCAUUCUCAAAUUGUCAAGAACUCUUUUUGUCUCCUGUUUCUUCAUUUGUUUCGUUGUAACUAUCUCCUGUUUAACUUUUCUCAGGGCUUUCGCUUGCUUAAUAAUAAUCCAAAAUACUUUUGUACUCUCACAGACAUUUUCAAAACCGUGCACCAUGUUGAACGAAACAAAGAAAACAAGUGUCACGUGACGUCAUUCAUGUAUCUGUACUCUUAACAGGUCAUGGGCAAAGACCAAUCACAGCAUGUGUAGCAUUCACAUCAUUGUAUAAAGAAUAAUAUUAAUAUUUAAUGACCAAUGAGCUGUGCUUUGGGAAAAUUAAUGGUAGGGAAUUUCAAAAGCUCCCCAUGAACAGUGAGUGCUAUGGCCAAGCUCAACUUUUGUCAGACAUAAAAUAUAGGUUGGUUUAUUCCAUGAUUGUUUUGACAUACUGCUAAUCAAAAUGACUAUCCAGCUAUUAUAGUCAAAUUUUGAGGUACAUGUGCAAACCAUAAAGAUACUAACUAGAAGUAGUAAAAACGGUUUGGCCGGGUUGGCACGCAAACAACUGACACAAGUUGGCAAAUAAAUAAGAAGAAAAACACUUUUCAAUUGAAAUUUGGUAGCGUCAAGUUUGCGUUGCUCAAAAAUGUCUUUGCUGAAUUUCCCUAAAGAGCUCAAGUCAACUGCUAAUACACAUAAUUUUUACUUUGUGCCAAGCAGUGGAAAACCUGAUUUUCUUUUACUCCUCUGUGUGCUAUUUUUACCGAAGCUAAUAGGUGUAUUUUUAAUUGUAAUUACAGAGGAAAAGGAGAAAAGCCAAGAGCACUGGGUAAGAUUUUUAAGACACAACUUAGUUCAAGUAAAUGUCAAGUAAUAAAAAUGAAACUGGAACUGAUUGCUAGUAACUUGCUGAUAUUUGCUACCUUAAUGUUAAUUAUGUAUGUAUAUUUCUUGCAUUCAGGUCGAUAAGGAAAGACCCUUGUAGAGUCGCCUUUAAGGAUGUAACAGAAGACAUGAUUCCUGCAGCAAUGGAGAAAAUGAGACCUGUAAGUCAGUGUUUUUUUACUUACAAAAUGUCUAGCAAAUCUUGUCUACCUCAGAUAGUCUAAUUUUGUUGGGCUGGUACAUGAUUAAGAUUGCACUAUGCAUGUUGGAUGAGAAAAGUUCUUUUUUUGCUAACAACAGACAAUUAUCUUUACUUUUUACAAAUAUGUCUUAACUUUAGAUUUUAAAUUUGAAAGUAGUUCAUUAGGACUCUGCAGAUGAAUAAGUCAGCUCAACAGCUCUAAUCUAUGAAAUUGACCCUUUUGCCUAGCUUAGACUGACUGUAAGUUCAGUGCAAAAAUGUAAGACCUGGUUGUUUCACACCAGGCACAAGUCUUCCACUAGUGUUACAGCCCUACUAAGGGAUGGACCACUAGAAAAGUUAUGGGGAGGGUGUGGAAUUUUCGAGGCGCAUGAAUUAUUUUCAAAAACGUUUCCCUUAUGUGAAUCUUUUUUGGGCCUUUGCAUGAAUAUUUUUAAGGUCAUUUGGCAUGCAUGAAUUUUUUUCAUUUAAUUUUCCUUUGCACAAAUAUUUUUUUGGCAGUUCGUCCCCCCUUCCCCCGCCCCCAUAACUUUUCCAAUUGUCCGUCCCUAAGCAGGUUGUUUCAGGGGUAGCAGAAGAUUUUUCAAAGUGAGGAUGCUGACUAGUGAAGCUGAGGAGACUCUCUUCCUAUUAAGACGGUAACUUUUCGGGAGAAGUGAGGUGGGUGCCCCUUUUCCGCCAUCCCUGUCUCUGGCUCAUCUACUGGAUAUAAUUAUUAUUGGCAAAUAAUUGGUCCACACUCUCUAUAACAUAGCGCAAGUGCUUGCCCUAUAUAAGUCUUAUUGAGUCACUAUGAAAAAAUUAACAAUUGGUUCAUGCUCAGCAGAAAGUUUGGAGAGCACAAGAGAAUCGUGAGACUAGAAGACUGGUAAUGCCUCGAGCAAUUCUUUUGCUACCCUCGUGCUCUUCAAACUUCCCGCGUGCGUCCAUAACUCGAUAUUUACAAGCUGAGCAUGAACCAAUUCUUGUUACUUAAGGAUGGUGAAGAAAUUCAUGACAGAGGUCCCUUUGCGAGUUCAUUAAAUGCACAGUUAUCAUUACUCUUUUUGACCAGAAACGUCCAGAACCUCGCAGAUCACCGACAGUUGGACUACCUUAUGGUCCUAGUAGGUCCAGUUCUCAUCGACAAGUUCAUGUUCAACAUCUGGACCUCGGCAAAUAUGGGUAUGUGACAAAAAUGGCUGUUAAACAGAUAGACAACUAUUUUCAAUUGGACGUCAAAAUGUUCAAAACUUGAGGUGAAACUGGUUUCACUAAACAACAACAAAAAAAUAGUCUCCAUAAGAUGAGAAUCUCUUCAUGGGUGUGAAUACUAAGUUAACUCAAAUUUAACUUCCUUUAGGUUGGAAGAUUUUGGUGAUUUUCCUAAGUCAGUGAUUUCCGGAAUCCUACAGCACCUCAAACCAAGGUUUGUGCCUUCGACUCUAUUUCCAAGCUCAUCGUAGCUGAUAAGCUAGGGGCAAAUCUCUACUAUGACAACUCCCCACAAUGGCCAAUUUUUGUCCCCCUCCGAACAAUCCAUACAUGGUACUCUCAUGGGUAUUUCCGAGGAAAUCGAAGUCGCAACGAUCCCUACUGAUGAGACGACAAGCUUACCGAAUCCUAGAGAUUGAAACGACGAUUGCAUUACCAUUCCGAUCAAGGCUGACAAUGUUGGUCGAGCGAUGGGGACAAAGAAAUCUUCCAAAAAGUGUGCUGCACAUUAUAAGCAAAAAAUCUCUGAAAAAUAAGCAAAAUAUACUUGAACGAUAAAAGAAAAAAAGGAACAAAAAAAUAUGGUGCUCUUUUUUUUCUCGUUUCCGUUGUUGCGUUGUGGUUGGUCCUGCUCGCAAGAAGCGUUUCCGCACAAAAAUAAAAUAAAAUUCUUAGUAUAUGAUUAUUUCGUUGAAAAACCGACGACUCGAUGAAAAACGCGCGAAGAAAACGACUCCUCGAGGUUCCCAUAGAGAGACUCAUACAUUCACUCUCUCAAGGAAAGAUCCUCUAAGCUGAAUCCCAACUGCCCAAAGACCUCCCCGUUAACGGCCAUUUAAUAGCGACAGCGUACGAACGAUCCGAGAAUGAUGAACACACUAAUACACUCCAGUACCUUUUAAAGACUUUGUUCGUCAACAUUAAAUCCUGGAAUAAAUUUAGUUCUAAAUUUUUUAUCUCUUUUUUUUGUUUGACUUGUUUUGGUUUUUGUUACGUCGUAAUAGGUUUCAAUUCUGUGCUUUUUUGAUUGACAUGUUUUGGUUUCUUUUUUCCACCACGCAAUGCUCAUUUUCAGGAGUAUGGCACUUGAAAAAGAGUUACCUUUGGGAUUAGAAUAUCAUCCAAAGCAACAAUCUAGCCCAAGAGGAGGAGAGACUGGUGCCAAGUUAGUGACAGCUGAGAAGAGCCUGCAACAGACUUUACAGGAUGAGAACUCACGAAUGCUUCUUGAUAUUGACAUUAAUUCUCACUUUACCCCUCCUGUGGGGGAGGAAAUCACUGACGACGAGGGAGGAGACAGGACGUUAGAUUCACCGAGACAAGGAACAAGGCCCGAGGCAAACAUGAUCAAAGCAGUUAGUGAAAAGCUAGCUGCAAGACAAGGCCGUUUAUUGUUGCCUCUUCCGUCAAUAGGUGUCCCAACACAGCACAAAGCUAAGGAUAAGUUACAUCACUGUAUGAACUCCAUCCCUCACAACCUCGAUUUGGGCGUGGCCAUGGAGCCUGUGGAUGUAGUAUCUGUCACUCCGACACCCACAGGAACCCCAUCAGAGGAUGUAACAGCACAGGGAUCGCAACUAAAUAUUUUGGAUCGCCGCUCCAUGGAUGUGACUUUAGCUGCAAGUGAGCUUGAUUCACCAAAUGAUGAUCGGUGGCCGGUCAGAACUCAUAUAACCUCUGCACUUAGGUAUGCUGAACUAUUUUGAAAUUAGAACUCACAAACAGCAAUCUAAAAUAUCCCAGGCUGCUCAAGGGGAUGGGGAUGGGGGGUUGAGGAUAACACACUUCAUGUCAAUGUAACCAGUCAAUUGACCUAUUGCUUAGUUUCAAACCAAGGAGGGCUGGGUACUAGUCGGUUUAUUAUGGGAUAAACAACACGAGACCCACACAGUCAGGAAGAGACGAAUGACAUUAGGAAAAAUCUCAGGUUUGGUGUCGAUCGGGCCGAUAUUGAGCAAGAUACAACUAUUUAAAAACUUAAAAAUUAACAAAAGAUGUAUGGAUAGAGCUGCUAACUCAAUGUUGUACUCAAUCAGAAACUCGUAAGCUAUUGUGCUUUUUCGUGACAGUUCAGCGUCUUCUGAUACCGGCCUAAUUUUAGGUGUUUUGUUGCAGAUAUUCUCCAGUACCUGUGCGGGCACCAGCUCCUACCCCUAUCAGCCCGGAAAGGUAUGGACGCUUCUCUCGGACACCAAACACAAGAGAACGCAGUCACUCCAUUUCUUCUCGACAUAUGAGGCGCUGGGAAACACUAAGCAGUGUCUAUGAUCAAGACGAACCUGACCUCACCCGGGAAGCCCUUGGGAGUCCCGAGGGAGAAGGAGAGGAUGUCGUGCUGGAGCCUGUGUUUUUAACGGAAGAUGCUAUAUUACGCGACCCGAAGUUGAUGUCAUUUUCGAACCGAAAAGACGUCGAACAAUGGCCCCAAGAAAAAAUGAUCGUAAAUAUCAUUGAGGGGGAAGAAAUGCCGCGUUCAGUUCGCAGCCCGAGUCCUGGGAGUAAAACCUACAUUCCUCAGGACAUUCUGGCGGAAUUCCAUGGAGACCUUUAUGGAAGAACAGAAAUGCACAUUGCUGGUCACAAAAUGACCGGGAAACAAACUUUUGGCCCGGAAUCCCUUAUAUCAACAGAUGUACCGGCGUACAUUGCCCCAGCCUGGCGACCACCUCGCUCAAGGACUCCAAUUCAGUUCUUAGAAACACCCUCUCGGAAAGCUCCAAGGCCGCUGAGGCAGCCCCCGGCAGAAAGUGUGCCUAAGUCUUUAACUGUCCAGUCGUUGCGAGGUCGAGCCUUACGAAGGCCCAAGAGUACCCCUCCUCGUGUUGGUUCCCCUGGGGAGUCCUCAAAGGAUUUGCCUGUACAACAAAUUUUGUCUGACUCAUCUCUUGUUCAUUCAACACGGGAAGUCAUGGACACUUAUUCCAUGGCUGUGCCCGCCACAUCACCAUCUGUGGAUGCAAAUGGCUCCAUUCCCCCACCACCAUCUCCUGAGGCUCAGAUAAUAACCUCGGUAAUUCCCAGUACCCUUAGACUUGAUCCUGUGAGUGAGGCUGAAGAGAAAAGUAGCAUAGCUUCGGCCAGUGUGGCGGAUGGAACAAGUCAUGUGGAAGGAUGCAACGUUGUUGCUAACCUCUCGGAAGUCGAGGAAGAAAACGAAGAAGUUAAACUGAGUCGGGGAACGGAAAAAGUCCUCAAUGAAAGUAGGAAAGAACAAGAAACAGCUGCUGAAACCAGUGCAGUCGCAGAAACGGGUGAAGAGAAUAAAGAAGACGCUGAACCUAACAAGACACAGCUAAUUGGUGAAGAGCGUCUCUCUCCCACUGACAAACUGGUUCAAUCUGCAGACGCUGUUAGAAGUCAAACGCUGCCGGAAGAAAACCCGACUGUCACGAAGGAAGCUGAAAGUAAUACACCCCCAGAAGAUCCAGUGAAUCAGACAGACGAUUCCGAGAGAAAACAGGAAGAAAUGCUAUCUGAAAAUAACACGAUAACGGAAACGUCACGUAACAAUGAAGAAGAAAGCGCUGCCCCUCCUCACCCCCCUGGAUCACCAGACAUAAUCAACACGCCAGACUUCACUGAGGGACUGGACAUGAACCUCGAUUUAGAAGCCGAGUUACGCGCGGCUAUGGAAGGACUUGAGGAUUUAGAUGACAAUACGGAUGGGGAGGGAGGUGAAAAGCGGGCUUCUCCUGAAUUAGAGGCCUGGUAACUAAAAAGGCGAUAGGUUGUCGGAUAAUCUGAAUUAUGAAUAUGUUUUUGAGAGGAAUUAAGUAACAAGAUGUUCUUCGCCUUUGUAAUUUAAGAAUAUGUUUUUAGGAAGUAUCUGCACAGAAAAAAAAAAAAAGAUUAAACUAGAUUCAUUUUGAAGUCACAGGCUCCUGCGGGACCUAUUGUCAACUUUCUUUCCGUUUAGUGAUAUUUGAAUUCGUAUGAAGACGACUGACAGUGCUUUAAAACUGCAUUAUCAGAGAUUACUGCACGUUUUUCAACCGUUUGCGUCUUCGUCAACACUGAAGUUGCUUUGUUUAAGUUUACGAAGGCCAAAGGCCGUCAUCUUACUUUGUAAUCCUCAUUCUCUUUUGGAAAGCCUUUCGCCAAUCAACGUUUAUCAAGAAAAACUGGUAGUGGCCAUAAUGAAAACGGAAAAGCUCUCGAAGACGAAGUUAUUAGUUGUGUGAAGUGCUGUACAUGCGCAAUACGUUAAUCCGCCCGGUAAACUCUCAAUGAUUGCAAUCUCGUCCCCAGAGCCUGCGUUACCCUUAUCCAACGGAACGGGCAACGGACGCUCUGGAAGAAUCCAACACGGGAAUCACAAAAUCCUGGUCCCGGUUUAAUUGCGCCUGCGUGAAGUUGCUUACCCAUUUGACUAAGACGAGUUCCCAAGGGAGUUUUGCUGUACACGUACAUUGUUACAUAAUCGUUCCAGUGCAGUUUUUCUUUAAGUGACUUUUUAUCGAUGCAUCAAGUAACUUGAAAGGGCUGUCAAGGAGACUGAAAAAAUAUAUAUUUAUUUAAAAUGUCGGGAUUGAGACGUUCGUUGGUCAUGACGAGACACAUUCUUUCGUGGACAGAAUGAGCACAGCUGUAUGCAAAUUUGAAAGGUUCAGUAGCAUGCAUGUGUUAAGAAGUGGCAUUGAACGACUUUCAAUAACAAGACAGGACAUUGUUGGACAAAAUGUCGUUGUGGCGUGGUUU